UUGAAAUUGAGGUUAUGUUUUCCGCGCUGUGAAACUCAUUUACUAAACAAAAUCGUUUUUGUGCGUUUUAACAUCACAAUUAUCAAUAUUUAUCCUUCUCCAUUUGGAAUGUGCUUAGCGGCCUGACAACCUUUUUAUAUAAGGAGGUGAAAAUGACUGCAGGACUGGAAAGUUACUUAAAUCAUCAAGUGUCGAUCAUUACAUCAGACGGACGGAAUUUUGUUGGUACAUUGAAAGGAUUUGAUCAGACAAUCAACUUGAUUUUGGACGACAGCCACGAAAGGGUUUACAGUCCUACUCAAGGUGUUGAACAAGUAGUUCUUGGUUUGCACAUCAUCAGAGGUGACAAUGUUGCUAUUGUUGGAGAAGUAGAUGAAUCCCUGGAUUCAAGGCUAGAUUUACACAAAUUAAAAGCAGACCCCAUAAGUUCUGUCGUAUAUUAAUUGUACCGUGUAAUUACCUGUAAUUAAUAAAAUGUUUCGUUUAAAAAAAGAU